AUGAGCCUUAAUCCCUCGAAGGUUGCGCCGGAGCCAGAGCCGGAGCGGGAGGCGGGACAAGAACCUGGGUCCGAGGCCCACGGGCCGGGGCCGGAGAGAGAGAGCGGGCCACCAGCAGGGCCGGGCCCGGAGCCGGAGCCGCCCUCGGCGGCGGGUCAGGACUGGGAGCCCGAGCGCGACCGGGCAGAGGGGCCGAGCGCACAGCCCCCUCCGUGGCCCGAGGCUCCGCCGCCCCUGCCGGCCUCGAAGUCUGAGAACCUUCGGGCCCCGCGGCCCAGCUGCCACACCAACUGCCUGGAGGCACGGCUGUCGCGGGUCUUCCGACGGCUGGGCAGGAAGGUGGGCGCACACCCCUGGAUCUUUCUGCUGUUGCCCGUGGCGCUAACGGCCGUCCUGGGCACCGGCCUGAUGUACCUGCCCCGGGAUGGAGAAGAAGACCUGGAGGAGAAGUACACCCCGAUCGGGAGCCCCGCCAAGGCAGAACGGCGCUUCAUGCAGGGACAUUUCACCGCCAAUGACUUUCUCGUCUUCUCCAUCUCCAGGAAGAGCGCCGAGGUCCCUUAUGCCUCUGUCCUCGUGGUCUCCAAUGCCGAGACCCUGCUGGAGCCGGACAUCCUAGAGGAAAUCAGCAAGGUGGACGACACGGUGCAGGCUCUGACUGUGACCCAGGACAACGGAACCCAGAUCCCCUACAGCGAGGUGUGCGCUAAGAACCAGGGCUCCUGUGUCCCCUCCACCCACUCUUGUUCGCCUGGAAAAGGAACAAGGGCCUCAACCUGA